CUUCCUAAUUAAACAGAGACAGCAUAGAGCAGUAAUCUUAUUUACCAUUACCCUGCUGUAUUACAUCAUACAUGUUGGUAUGAAGAAAGGUAUAGUUGGAAGUAAAAGACCAAGGGUGGGGCAAGUCACCAGGCCAGGACAACCAACUGAUUUCAUUGCCUUGGGAUCCAAGCAAAAGCAAGAACAUUUUCGACCGCAUUCAACUGAUAAUGGAUCUCACAGUAAUAAAUAUUACCCUUUGCCACCAGCGAAGAAAAUCAAGGUCCAAGCUCAAGAAACUUCUCAUUUCCACCCAAUAACCCCACAUGGGAGGUUAGCUGCUGAAGCCCAGUCUCGUAUGUCGCCUACAAUACCUGAGCCCACUGGUGUUUGCUUAGACUGUCCCUCAGUGGAGCUUGUACACCAGGUUAUGAAGCACGUUGAUGUUUAUCCAAGUCAAGCAGAGGCUUUCCUUUGUGGAGCGAUUCAAUCUUUACGAGUUAAUCGAAUAAAACCCGAUCACACAACUGUGUUAUCACUUCUCACACUUGCUAAGCAAAGGCCAGAUAUAUUUAACAACAAAUCUGUUGUUGAAAGUUUGGCAAGCCUUCUUAAGAAAGACAUUGGGUUGGAGUAUGUCAAGUCAAAACACAACAACAUAGUGGCAAUCAUUGCCUCUAGUAUACUAAUGGAAGUUCUUGACCAAGAAGAGAACUGGCCUCUGUUAAUUGUUAGAGUGUUCUUGGAUGACUCACUGGGUGAACGAAUAUGGGUGGACCAUGUUCAUUGCCAGCAGUUCGUCCACACAAUAGUUGCUGCUUACGGAACCAAACCUAACCCAACACUUGAAGGCGACGUGGAGAUGAAAGAAUUUCCAAAAGAACCUCCAGUUUUGAGGUUUGAAGAUAAAGUAGAUUCAAUCCACCAAAUUACAAUUGAACUUUUGCGUGAUCGACUUACAAGAAGACAGGGUGAACUGGGGAAUACCCCGGGUCAAGCUGGUGGGACCCCUAAUGCAGUGGGGAAAACCCUGAUUCGAACCCUGACUUCCGUGUGUGGUUUACAGGAAGUACGACUAAUGUCGAUUCAGAAACUUGAAAUGUGGCUUCAAAAUCCAAAGUUGAUUAAACCAGCACAGGACUUACUGUUGGCAAUAUGUGUGAACUGCAACACUCAUUCACAAGAAGAUGUUGAUGUCAUCGGUCACAUGACAAAAAUGAGGUUAAAAUCAAAACUUCUUCUCAACCAUUACACACUGUGUAUCAAGGAAUUGAUCGAGGCACAUCCUGACAACUUAAAGACAAUGUUCAGCUACGUUCUUUACAAUGAAUUAUCCAACGCACGUAACCCUAGCAAUAUGGCUGUUGUUGUCUCAACUCUGCAGUAUUAUCCGGAAUCUGCAGCUAAAACUUUGGCUUCAGUUUGUCAAGACCUCCUUCUUCAACACGAGGAUUACCUUCGUGCUGUGCGUGGUUUGCUGCGUGAGAUUGUACGUUCAGUGAAGCAUGACAUGCAGUUCCCUGCAUUAGCAUUAGGUUUGAUGCAAGAACCAGACAUGGAAAAGUUCUCAGCAUUGGACCAACCUCAUAAAGAUCGUUUUAUAUCAUCUACAUGUGACCUGGUAUGUUUGACAAUGUUACUGAGUAUCACACCUCACGCCAAGGAAGUUAUUGCUUAUAUAAUUGGAAAGAAAAAGGCACUUGAAGGUCAAAUGUCUGAUGCUGAGAUAGUCUAUGCUCAGUCCAAAGAAACCCUCGCUAAAAUCCAACACAAUGCAUUAUGGUGGGCACAUGCUGUGGUUGUACCUCGACUAGCACCUCGAAUUUCAGCACAGGAGUUUAUACAACUGCUGCAAAAGUUCUUGUUUCUGAAACCACCUGAUACUUACCACACACGAGAUAACUGGCCACCAGAAUCAGAACGAACAUCCUUAGUUAAGAUGUGUCACGACUGUUCAGUGUUGGAAGGUUCCAUACUCAGACUGGCAGCCAUUGGGUUGUCCACUGACCACCCACUUGUACCAGCUGAAGCGUUGGAUAUGAUCGGACAACUUGUAAGACGAGCAGGAAGCAUCGCUCGCCCGGACUUCAACUCUCUCAUCACUGAGAGAAGCGAUGUGAUUGAUACAAUCCUCGCUCUAUGUCAUUACCACCAUCCAGGGAACAUUCGUCUCCCAGAAGAUUACACCCCACCCUCACUAGCAAUAUCCCAGUUAUAUUGGUCAGCUCUUCAAACUUUGUUGAUAAUCCUCGCAUUCAAUCCGUCUACUGUUGGUCACCAGGCAUGGACACAAUAUCCCAUGCUUAAAGUGUUCAUGGAAAUGUCAAUCGUAAAUCGAUUCUCGUAUCCCCCGGUAACUGUUGUUGAUAGCGAUUUAAGAAGUCAGAUGACGGGGAAAGAAUUACAAAUGUCACUCGUUGAAAAAAGUGAAGUCCUUGAAUUUGAAAGCCACCUCGCUGCUGCCACGACCAGGUUAGUUGUCACUGAAGAGACAAGCCUCCUACUGUCACAACUCAUUGCAAUGGACCCACAAGGUCACCCCCGACGACCCCCUGAUCGGGUAUUGGAGCAACUCAGUGCAUUGUCUCAACGAAUGCAACUUGGGGUCCUACUUUGUCAAUCAAGACAACCAGAUUUUCUACUGGAAAUAAUCAACAGGCAUGAGGAAAACCAAUCCAUGACGUGGCUUCCUGAGCUUGUGGCUUCCACCAAAGGUCAAGUAGGUUUGCUACCCGUGCAGUGUCUGUGUGAGUUUCUACUUGUACAAGAUAGUGAGUCGGAAAAGUUACUAAGUGGGGGAAUACACAUCGAUGAGUUGGUCAUUCAACUUCGGAAAAUUAUCACCAGUGAUAAUUAUGAAGAUUCUUUACAGGUGGUUCAAUAUUUCUUGAAGCGAUUAUCGUCGCCACAAAAACUUACCCGGAGUCGAUCACGUUACGCUCUGUCGCUCGUGUUGUCCGAGAUAAAUGAGGGAAAAGAAGGUUUAAAUUCAAGAGAGAAAAGCGAGAAUAACUUUAGCUGGUUGUUAAAUGACCUCCCACAACUCCCACAUUAUAUGACGGUGAUUCGAAGUCACGCCAUCGACGCCGUUCGUAAUGCUGCGCUGGUUGAAUCGUUCCCAUCAUGCAUUGCGGCGUACGUCGCGUAUUUAUGUCACGAUCUAACGCAGUACGCGAGCGAUGAUGUUGAAAUAAUGGAAUCUUCAUCUAAAGCUGCAAGGAUGUCUGCUCAUCUACUGAUAGAUAGACGUACGGUCGUUGAAUCAGCGUUAAAACUCACUCGACACCAGGUGUCUCCAUCGAGCAGCGAGAGCACAGCCAGUAGUCUCAUGUCAGCCUUGCUCCAAAUAUUUUUGACCCACGUGACAAUUGCCAUGGCACACGAGGCACAGAGACAAGCCGCGGCAGGUGAAGACGGCACCAACCGAAUGCCGUGGAGUGAUGUGCAAGAUGAGGUUUAUGUAAGGUGGCCAGGUCAAUACAAAGCAGCCACAUUACAUAUCAUCAUACCACAAGCAAGUAUAGUGUUGCUUGGAUACGGAGCGCCUUCACAACUCUCGUUCACGUCAAGAGAUCCCCGGCUCCCUCAUGUGGAUCUGGUGUAUAACGAGUUAAUGGGUUUAUGGUUCACUGAAGAAGGAUACGUUUUACCACAGGCUUUCUUAAUGGACACACAAGAGGAAGCGUUGCUUCUUCCUGAUUGGUUGAAGUUGAAGAUGUUAAGGUCGAAGGUCACGCCAUUGUCACAACGUUUAAGAUUUGCUGCAGUUCGUGAUUUAACAGUUCAACAACUUGUAUUCUUUGUUCAGUCAUUUGGAGUUCCUGUUGAAGCCAUGGAUUUAUUACUAAGGGUUCUAGAUUCCCAAUGUGAUUUGAACCGUGAAGCAAUCCUAGCUGCCACACGAGGCAAUACAGAGUACAUGUCACGCUUGUUGGACGUACAGAAGUUACGAGGUUGUAAGGCGGGUGGAAACUUUGCUGCACUGCUUAAAUCUCAACUACCUGAUCAAGGAAACCAAGCAACAAAGUCUAUCCCAUCCACAUCCCAUGAUGUGAUUGACCUCAUCAGUGAUAAUGACGAAGCAAUGGAUGUUUCUGUACCCGCACCCAGUGGUAGAAGAAGAGGAAAGGACGGAAUAUUUGCCGAAAAUAUUCAAAGCAUGGAAAGAUCACUUGAGAUGAUGUUUUCAUCCAAAGGAAAAAGUGUUGUUAUUUGGAGGGAGCUUCUACAAGCUUUCAAUCAAACAAAAACCGGAGGAGACCAGAAUAAACCGGUUUUGCUAUGUGUGCAAGCAUUACAUAACUUGAUAUUAACAGAUUUUGUGACGAAAUUGAUCAACUUUCCAUCUCGAGCGACGAGUUUGUUACGCAUGGUCGACCGUGCAUUACGUUCCUGUCAACGGAAAUUUGAUCAGAAUAUUCAAAACAAAUUUUCUCAGCUUGUCAACAUAGUCUCACAAAAUCUUGGGGUUGAAAAAAAAGAAGGAAAGGUAAACCCCCUUUACAGCUUUGUGACAUCAUGGAAGCCAUUGUCAGGGUCACAGAGACUUGGGGUUCAAAGGUCACCGUCGGUGGAAAACAGUGAAAAUUUAAGGCAAUCUGAUUGGUCAAAACUGGAGGAGUUUUUGCGAGAUCAAAUUACUUUGCUUGAUAAAGAUGAAGGAAUCAAAGCUAAGGUUGGACUUGUGGCACAAAUAUUGCUUGAGGAAAUUUCACACCGAAGGAUCUUGGUUGGGCGUGGUAGAGCGGACACCGAUGAUGUUUGUUUCACCAGCAUUGGGACAACAGGUUUAUUGGUGGAUUGGUUGCAACUUCUUGAUCCCGAACUUCUCGCGCACUCUCCUACUUUACAACGGAAACUUUUGUUCGAGUCAGGAAAGAAUGACUCAGCAGGAAGUUCGUUAAUGUUCGACCAAGCGUAUCUUCUCUCUCUCCUCGCUGAGCAUUGUAACUGGGAAACCAUCCAUAGUGCCAUCAAGUGGUUGUUAUCCGAUGCAACUCCUGACCCAACAUCAAGGAAUACGAAAUCCACAAUUGAUCCAAAGACUGCGUUAGAUUUUUUAUGGGUAGUCAUUCAAACACCAAAGAUAUGGCAAGGACGAGAAAACAAAAGUACGAGCGUAAACGAGUCUGUUUUGAGUCUAACCAUCGACCAAUUUUGCCGACUCAUCACUUACAUGGUUGCCACGGAAGCAAGCAUGAAAUCCGACCAAUCAAAUUCAACGACGUAUUUAAACUUAUUCAGUGUUUAUUUCAGUAAAUUUUCUCAAUCUGCUUCGAACGUGAACCACAUCGUAAGCUUCAUGUUAAACAAAGUUAAAUCCGAUGAAAGUAUCUUUACUCCCAUCUGGUGGCAACUUAUAGCGCAGAUGUACGUCCUACAACCACAUGCGGAGGUGUGGAACAACAUGGUGGACCCCGGGACAAAUAUUAAAGACAAGAAGUUAUCAGAUCCUGAGAUUGAAAGUUUGUGUGAUGCGGUCGCCAUGGUAAACGUCGGUUCAAACUGUCGCACUGAUGCCCUCGUGUGUUCCUUGCUGAACAGACUCGGAUAUGUUCGUUCAAGCGCGUCUAAUGAUUCACAGUUUGGAGCAAGCAUGGUGUUGUCGAGCAUAGAUUCUGCAUACGAUGCAAGUCUUAUAUUGAUGAAGAUAGCAGGGUCACGACCUUUGCUUGUUCUCCGACAGCUCCCUCUAAUGUCCUCGAUGCUCCGAGGGCGAACACGUCACGAAUUCAGCGAGUUUAAAGUCCUCCACCACCUCCCACUGAUGCUCAACACAGUGAUCCUCCUGAGGAUGACCUCCCCGCUUCUCUUCCGAUCCUCACAUAACAAACAUACAACGGAAAUAAUGACCAUGUUUUGGCAGAUGUUGAAGCAAUAUUGCCAUCGUGCACGUAGACAGAUGAUGACCGUGUUGGUGAAAACUUUAUCAUUAACUCAUCAAUAUCUUAACCAUCAACCAACUCAAGCUGUGGCUCUACUUUCAAAACAUUCGCAAACAUUACAGUCGUUGAUAAAAACGUAUCAUGAUCAAGAUCACAUUCUCCCAUCUCUCUCCUCCUUCCAAUCUGCUGCCAUGUCUUCAUGGACGGAGGGAUCAUCCGAUGCAGUGAGAUCAUUCUACAUCCCGCAUCUUCUGUGUCCGGAACAACCAAUCUCCGCUUAUCUUGAGUUAAUUGGGAAGAACCAGGACCUUGAGAAUCAGUUGUUGGUGCUGCAUGAUUUUGAUGAGUCAUCAAAACGUAAAAUUGAUGAUGUCACUCCCUUUCUUUCGGAUCUGCGUCGUAUUUUCUGCAAAGGGCGCGACCCAGUGGCAAGAAAACUUGCACUCGCUGCCACCCUCCGUCAUGCGAGAAGCCACCCUGAAACAACACGAAACAAAAUCCUUGAAGAUUUUAUUUCAUGUUUAAAACAACAUAACAAGUGCCUAGACAAAGAAAGUGACAAAGUUCAUUUGACGACUUCCUUUCCAAACUCCGUUCUUUCGUCGAUAUCGUACGAGAAUGAUGUCGUUGCCCGUGAUGUCAUCAAUUUCCUUCCAGACUUAACAGUUUUGUGUCGUGAGGAAGCGCCACGAAUUCUUGGCGCUGCAUUUGAUGCCGCUGUUCGGGACUCCUCUGGUGCAAAAUCAGGGGAUAAUAUCGCAAACAAGAGUGAAAGUUUCAUUAUAGCAAGAUCAAUGUGGUUGCUUUGUGGGUUGGCUGAAACAGAAAUGCUUCCAACUGCUGGUCCAUCCUAAUCAUAACCGUGUUUCUUUUUCUCAUUUAAAUUAGUUCAUUCUUUACAAUUAUGAAACAGAUCACUCAAAGAUGCAAAGUAUUGGCCUUUUAUUUGGUUUGUUGACCAACAGUGCCAUUCCAUUUGUUUUGUUCGCACAACUGUUCUGUUUCUGUUUUACAUGUUCCUUUUCUCGAAUACAAUGUGCUACCAGAGUAAA